UUUAAUCGCGAUAAUUAUAAUAGUUCCACUAUGGCUGACUAUUCGUUUGAACUACCUUGGAGCACUGACAAUCCAUUGCAGUUUGGAAAUAUUUCAGAAAAUCCAGUAAUUAGUGAGAUUAUCAGUCAAUUGGAUAUCAUUUUACGGCAAAGAAAAAAACUUAGUUGCCCUAACGAUGAAAUAGACAUUAGAAUAUUAUCAGUCAUUCAAUAUGCUAUGGAUAACGUUAAGAAUUUAAUGGAACAAAACUUUACACAAUUGACAGACACCCAAAAACGAGUUUUAAUUAACAAAUGUCGAUUUAUCAUUAAAGAUGCAAUCAAAGUUAUUGAAAACAUCUUAAAAAUACAAUCAACUUAAGUUGUAUGAUAAGUAAAACAAAUAAAUAUAUGUAUCUAAAAAUAA